UUUCAGGAGGGUUAUGUUUCUGCAACCAAGGUCCUUGGUCGAUGGUUUUACAUGCUCAAGAUCCGUCUCGUAGAUCUACAUCCGAUUUUUAAGGAGAUCGAUCUCUGUGCUAACCCUCAGCUCAAGCUGUGUCUGCGCAUCAACACGGGUCGUGUAGCUAUUAGCGGAAUACUCGUAGGCACCGGUGCUACACAGUCUAGUCAGAUAAAGCUUGACUCUACAACGAUGACCAGCGGUCAAACGUGCCCUAUCAUGAUUGCUUCGGCAGCGGCUGGAAAUCCGAUGGCUGGUAUGCUGGCUACUGGUAAUCAAAUUACGUUCGCGUUUGGUGCCAUGGGCAAUGAUUUCACUCCCACAGCUGAGGCGGCUGGAUACUUCCCGUAUCAGACGAGUCGCUUGCACAUUCCGUUCUAUCAUCUCAAGAAUCCGACCAGUAUCAUUCAGAAGCCUGGUGCUGGCUCGACUCCUGCUAAUCCAGCCGGCCAGAUCAACGCUCCGUUUGAUCUUCAUAUCUCGGGCAGCAAGAAAAAUGUGAAGUAUGUAGCAUUGCUCCCGUUCGCUGAUACUACCCAAUCGCACUUCGUACCGGCGCAUAGCACGCCUCAGUACCAGAGUCCGUUUGAUUCAGCACCUUGGUCGGUGAUGCCUGGUGCUUCCAUUCGCAAUUUCCAGGUUGCCCUAGGUAAUUCGAACGUAUUCGAUACCUCGCACGAAUUCGACUACGAAUCGUUCAUUCACGAGUUCAGCAAGCUGGGAGCUAUUAACGGCGAUUUGAGCCAGGAAAUCAGCAAUGGUUUGAUUGAUUCUAUACAGUGGAACAUGGCUCAGCGUAUUCUCGUCGCCGACUGCUCGCGACCGUCCAAGAAGGACGUACCUCAGUCGAUUCAGAUCUCCGGAACCAACGGCUCUGCCGCCGGCAUGGAUCUCCUGGCCCUGGUCGUAUACGAGCGUGAGCUUGAGAUCGAUCGUCUCACGGGAGAGGUCCACAGAACCGAUUAA